AUGGCUGUGCCUGACUCCGUGAACCUGCGUAACCUCGCAGGGACAUAUAAUCNNUUUCUGUCAGAUUCAACCGACGCUGCUCUACAGAUGCAAGGCAUAGGCUGGCUCGUGCGUCAAGCUGUCAAAUUCUCGAAUGUCACACUCCACGUCAAGCAGUUUGUUGAUGAGGACGGCCUCAUGCACAUAGACAACGAACAGAUCACCACCGGAAACAUUCGCAACCUUGAGGAACGUAUAGUGGAUUACCAGUGGCGUGAAAAGGAUGACAGGAUCUUUGGCAAAGUCAACGGCCGCUCGCGUUACGUCAAGUUGGAUGAAGUCGAGACUGAGUACCUCAAGCAAGGGUGGGAUGAGCAGUUUCUGGCCCAAGGGAACUGUGAAGUUGUCCAAGUCUUUGUGAAUAGUGUAGGCAAGAAGCCAAAUUGGGAAGCAGAACAGGUCUGGGGAUUUGAAGUCGUGGACGGUCAGAAGCAUCACACGAGACGUAUCAUCGUCAGAAAGGGCAAGGAAGAGCAUAGAAUUCGGUUGGUCUACGACUGGGUUGCAGAAAAGGACGAAGACGCGGAUCUGGCUUAUUAA